AUGACCCGCUUGGCCCUCGCCACUGCGGUCUUUGCAAUCGCACCAUGGCUCGCCGCUGCGUCAGCUCCCUGCGAGCCCUCCACCCCGGCGCUCCAGGCGUUCGCCAAACGCGCAGACGGAUACAACAACCCUGCCGACGGUGGCGGGUCGAUGUUGACAAUUGUCAACAACACAUACCCUGCCGGCCAAGGCGAGCCCAUCAACGUCAUCCUGUCUGGCACUUCCGACGCACAGGUCCUCGUCGACAGCCUCGAUGAUGGCGGCUUCCAAAACUACAUGCUCUCCACUUUUCUUGCGCAUGAGUGUCUCGGCGUGCACUUUGGCGACACUCAAUCUGCCAACCUCGGCGACGGCGACGGCAAUGUCACCCAGGUUGCCGUCCUGAGGUGGGACUAUGGCGACCCAUACGUCGGCAGCUGCAAAGAAACGUUCAACGGCGGCCUGCAUCUACGCUACUGGCAGCAAAACGGGACCAAGGCAUUCUUCCUCGCGGUGUCGGUGGAGAUGGACGAGGCCAAGGGACACGACAUUGUGCCUGAUGGCUACAACCUCGGUCGCGACGAGCUCGUGGGCAAUGUUACCCAGACAAGCGUCGAGUCUAGAAACGUGACUACGGCAUCGACGUUCUCUGGCCAGACGAGCUACGGCAACUACACCUACCAGACGGACGUGACCUAUGUCGCGGGUCUUCUGCAGAAUUCGUCGAUUGGUAUCAACCACAACAUUACUGUCGAAGAGGACGGCUACGCUGCCAUUGAUGGGCUUGUCGCCGUGCUACAGGUCUCUAUCGUGUCGAGGCCCGCAGGCGACACCGGAGCCACUGCGGCGUCGUCGUCGUCCAGCGGCGCGAUUUCUCUGCUGCCGCCAGCUGUGGCUAUUGUCACCCUCGCGGCCGUUGCUGCUCUUUGGUAA